GACAAAGCUCAGCCCACUACAGAAAAAGGUCCAAAAAGCCUAAACCAAAUCACAACUCACAGCCCAUAACCAUUUUUCUCUCCCCUUUCAGUCGUCUCGGGAAAGAUCGGGCAGUCGGCGAAUUCUAACAGAGGAAUUUUUCCCGGCGCCUAAUCCUAAAACCCUAAACCCUCUCAGACAAAUCGAGACUGCCCAAUUUCAAAACUUUCGAAAAAACUCCAUUCAUCUUCUUCCACUGAGACAUCAAUGGCUUCCUUCGGCACCAAAUUCGUCUCCAGAUCAUCCCUAUCCUCCAUAAAAUCUGCCCUCAGAUCCGCCGCUGCAAAAUCCAGAUCAACCAGCUCUACCUCAUCCUUCGCCAGCACUUCUUCUUCUGCUACUCCUAUCCGCCGCUUCUCCAUCUCCAGGAUUCCCUCGGAGUUGGGAUGCGCGGCGUCUUUGCUGCCCCUGCAUAGCGCGGUGGCGACGGCGAGGAUGACUUCAUGCUUGAGCACGACUUCGAGGAGUGGCCGUGCUCUCUCUCAGGAGCUCGGGCUGUCAGUUCCAAGGUGAUUUAAGAGGAGAAAUUCGUGAUAGGUCAUUUUGCCUUGUUAUCAGAAGCAAGGGACGAUUUGUUGCUUUUCAUGUCUAUGAAGAGUGGAGUGCGUAUAUGUAAGAUGCUGACUGCUUGAUACCUUGAGAAGCAGUUGAGAAUUUUUAUUUGAUUCGUCGGUGACACAAAUCUUGACUGAUUUACUUCUUGACACUGCAAUUUUAACUAUAGGGUUAGUGUUGAUGCAAGUUAAUUCUUCUUGUUUGAUCAUUCAUAGUUGCCCCUCGUAUUAGGAUUACCUUGUAUCCAGAAAAUAAAAAUACAGAGUUAUCAAGGCCACUCCUGCCAUAUCUUUGCACAACAAGAACUACGAGUUAUAUCGUUUCAUGCUCUUUUUGGGGUAUGUGGAAGAAUGCAAUGAAAGUGAUUUAUUUCCCCUUUUGAGGUGAGUGAGCGCCAAUGCGGUUCGAAUCGUGUUUGCAUUGAACUGAUCUUCAUUAUAAAAGCUUGUGGUUUGCAAUCGGUUUGAAUUGAAACUGCACAAUCGCAAUUGUUGUUGGUUGAAUGUCUCGAUUAGAAAGCCAGAAAACUGAUUCCACGUACCGUGACCAAUAUUGUUGUUGUUCAAAUUAGAUAAAUGAAUAUUCAUUGUGACA